AUGCUGGUGCCGCGGUCGAUCCUGCUGUUCACGUUCAACGGGGAGCCCGUUUACGUAGAGAAGAGGUGUCAGGAAGAUGCGAGCGUCGUUAUGAGAGCGAAUCGUAUCGUCGUGUUUCUCGUGUUCGCGUUGGGAAUCAUGGUCGCCGUGAUCAGCGCGUUCCUGUCGCGUUAUUAUAUCGAACACUUCUCAACCGAGAUGCCUGAGCAUCGCGAUUAUCGUCACGUAUUUAUUCCGAUCCCAUCGGAGAACAUGCUGAACGUAUACGACGACAACAGUUUGGACUUAGCGUUGCAGACUUCACGGUCGUACGAUCGGCUCGAGAUCGCGAGCCGAGCGACGUCCACCGCGGAGGCGUUGACGUCUUUGCAUCUGGCGCUCGAGAUGAAGCUGUCCGGGAAACAAAAGAAAGCGGUAAAGCUAUUUCAACACGCUGUCGCAUUGGCGCCAAGUCAUCCCGAUAUUCUCAAUCAUUACGGAGAGUUUCUAGAGUACACGCAGAACGAUGUGAUCAAAGCGAACGAGUAUUACGCGCGUGCGCUGAAUUACCAACCGAAUCACGAGGAGGCGCUGAUUAACAGCCAGAGAACGGCGCGGGUGGUCGAGGAGCUGGAUCGUAGAACCCUCGGGCGUAUAGACGAGAAACGAGACGCGCUUUCAGCGAUACCGGAUAACAACGCGGCGCUGAUACGCGCCAAGAAGGAGGCGUACUUUCAACAUAUUUACCACACAGUUGGCAUCGAGGGUAACACGAUGAACUUAGCUCAGACCAGGGCGAUCGUCGAGACGCGUAUCGCGGUUGCCGGCAAAAGCAUCGACGAGCACAAUGAAAUCCUAGGGCUGGACGCUGCCAUGAAGUACAUAAACGCGACGUUGGUUAACAGAGUCGGCUCUAUUUCCAUUAAAGACAUCCUGGAGAUACAUACACGGGUGCUUGGGCAUGUCGAUCCCGUUCAGGGUGGUCACUUCCGACGUACGCAAGUGUACGUCGGCGGUCACGUGCCACCCGGUCCCGGGGAUAUACAUUAUCUGAUGGAAGAAUUUGUGCUAUGGCUCAACAGCGAAACGGCCAUACGAAUGCAUCCGGUCAGGUACGCGGCGCUGGCGCAUUACAAGUUGGUACACAUACAUCCGUUCUCGGACGGAAACGGCAGAACGUCUCGGUUGCUGAUGAACAUGAUCCUCAUGCAGGCUGGCUAUCCACCAGUUAUCAUCCAUAAACAGCAUCGACACACGUAUUACGAGCAUCUUCAAAUCGCGAACACAGGCGACGUCCGACCAUUCAUUCGGUUUAUAGCCGAGUGUACGGAACAAACUCUAGAUCUGUUCUUGUGGGCGACCAGCGAAUUCUCCAGGCAAGUGCCUGCUCUCAGUCAGGAUACUUUGUUCCCCGAGACAAGUAGAACAAUCGCCGUGGAGAAGACCAGCGACCUUACCGACGCUUUCGACGACGACUGAACGAAAGAAUCGUUGAUCGUUUAACACAGUAAUUAAAACAAAAGAAAAUAUUUUAUAAACCAAAGAAUACUAGCCGUAACUCGUCCGCUGAAGCAAACAGUUUCUAAUCCAAACGUUCUCACAAAAAAAACUAAUAAUCGUAAUCGGUUAUUAUGAUGACCGUUUGCCGUAAUAAAAUGCUUCCACCUAGUUUCCGGUGCAAAUUCUAUCGUGCUUACACGUCAGAGAAUCAACGCACGGAAACAAUCGAGUAUAGUGUGAAACCCGAUCGAAAACUGUGAUUUUAUAUAGGAGAAUAUACAAGGGUGCGUGGUUGAAGAUGUGCAUGCUUGCGGGAUGAAUGCGACGCAUGAUAAUAAUGAUAAAAUGUUCGGUGCACAUGUGUGUCCGAUGUCGUUUUAUUUUUUCGGUUACAACUGUUAUUUGUUUCCGAAAUAUGUACUCAACAUAAUAUAGACAAAAAAAAAAAAUUUUACUUCGUAUACUUGUUGGGCGCGAAUGGUAAGAUUUGAUAUCACUUUUAUCGACUAGAGCGAUGGAAAAUAAAAAUUCUACGAUAAUGGUGUCGUUUCGUGAAAACCACAAAAAAGAGAUUGUAACCGAAAAAUUAAGCGUUAUUGCUCAGGUGCGUAUGUAUUAGUUUUAUCCAUUGUAUUGGCGUAUGAUAUCUACCUUUCGAAAUAUACAUUUUUCGCGAUAGACCGCAUACUAGCGCAAAUGAAUACGUAUAUGUAUUUAAUGUAUUUUAAACGCGGAUAAGUUUCGUUGAAAGUUGUGGAGCAACGUGCAAUCGUCACUUGCUGGUCAAGGUGUUUGCGAUGCAUAAAUGUAAAUAUCUAUAUACAUAAUAUAUAUAUAUAUACGCGCAGCUUUUAAUAAACAUGUUAUUUUGGAAAUCAUUGUUCGUGUAUUUUGUUACGGCCUUGUUGGAUACAAAUUUUUUUUUUCUUUUGAAAUACACUUGUUGGUACGUUAAACGGACCUGCCAUUUCUUUUUAUUCAUCAAAACGAUCGUCGUUUAUUUUAUUUAUCAAGCGACAGAAUAAUGUAUUCACGUCUCGCGCGCGCGCGCGCACGCACGAGGAGGGGGGGGGG